UUGUAUUUGCUGCAGGAUACUUCACAGCUACCCAUGCUAUCUGUUGUCUGUGCUGAGCUUAUAGCUCCACUGCAAAUGUCUUAUAUGGUAUUAAAAAGUUCCAAUAGUACAGAACAGUGCCUCUUGCACUUUACCCACAAUGCCAUUCAAAUUGCGGUAACUGUAAAGAUGUUUUGCACUGUGUGUUUUGUGGUAGUUCAGUGUAAACAAUAGAGCAACGGUUGACAGUGUACCUACUGGCUUCAAAACUAUAUCCAAGCUGAUAUGAGGUAAAAUACGAGUGGAGACAAAUACUGUCACACCCAAUAAUAGUGAGGGUUGUAAAAGGUUAUAAAGGCUUCUGAGUGUCUCCCUGUACUCGUCUGUACAAAGGCUACAGCUUCACAUCACAAAUAAGUCCAUGGGCCACUAACUUCAGGUGACGGCCCGUGUUAUUUGUAUCUGUUUCCAUUUCCAGCUGGAUGGAGAGAUCAGACAGUAGUCACGUAGCUUGGAUGAGGGCUUGAUCUGCUUUGGGUAAUUGGAUGAACCGUGUUUCCUGGGACAAGCGGGUGUGGAAAUAAACAUGGAGUCCCUUGAGAUAGGUGAUGUGUUGUCUUUAAAACAUGACCAAACCUGUCAGGCAUUAAACCCAUGACAGUGUAGGAAAUAUAUUAAAACCGAGUUUGUCCAGAGUUGGAUUUUGAUGCUGAAAUAAGAAGUAACUGUUAGAUUUCUCCACAAAUAAGAAAUUGACAAGGAUAAGUCUUCCAGUGGCCUGUAAAGAAUUAACCAAGUAGGAAAUAAUGAAAACAAACUCACAGACUAUAACCUGAACACAUUAUAAUGCUGGUCAGUAUAUGAGCCCAUGUUUCUGAUAGUAAAGAUGGUCUGGUUUAUAGAUAGCACUCUCCCAAAGUAUCUGCACUAGUAAGAAAAGCGCCUGAGCCUCUCAAGUGCAGGUUACCUGCUAAUAGGCUAUUUAUGGCAGCUUAUAGCCCUCAAAACAACACCCCUAGUGAUUGGAUCAUUGAUCGGCUUCUUCAUUGGCCGACUCGGCUGUCAGUCAUUGGGCUGCACCCGCUGGUUCGUUCAAACCAGAGAAUUUACUCAGUGCGACUAAUCUUGGUUUUGUCUGCAGCCACAGGAUCGUGUCGCAGCGUCCCUCCCCCCCGCGGCGCCGACUGAGCAUCUGCUGGAAUACAACUGUCUACGGGAAAGAAGGACCAGCUCCAGCCUCCUCCGGCGAUCACACGGGCUGAGGUAAACGCGUAAAUGGAGUUGCCCUCGUCGUCGUGACUCUACUCCACCGCCUCUCAUCCUGCAGAAGAUCCUGCGCUGCUGCUGCUGCGGCAUCCGUCACAACCCCGCGGCUCGCUCCUCUGCAGACAUGGGCACCGUCCUCUCCAUCUCCCCCGCGUCCAAGAAGGCGUCGAUCAUGGACUCGGAGGUCGCGGGAGAAAAGGCCGACAAGAGCAUCAAGAAGCACUCCAUGUUCGUGUCCCUCUCCUGGAGGAAGCUGGUGUCCAACUCGGCCAAGAAGAGCGCCAAGAAGGUGACGCCGAACCCGGUGGCCACGCGCGAAAUCCCGCGCAACCAGGUGGCCCAGCUCAACAGCGAGAACAUCAGGAAAACGCACGGGAACGAGGAGAGGAAACCCAAAGCGCCCAUCCCCGUCCCGGUGCCCACGGUGCCCACGCUCAACAAUGAAGCCGUCACCCAGAACGGGAGGCUGUCCUCGGUGCAGAAGCAGCCCAGCAGCCUGUCUCUGGUGUCCCCGCGGCGCAUCGUCAUCCAGGCGUCCACCGGGGAGCUGCUGCGCUGCCUGGGGGACUUCAUGUGCCGCAGGUGCUACAAACUGAAGGAGCUCAACAGCGGGGAGGUGAUCCUCUGGUUCCGCAACAUCGACCGGACUCUUUUGCUCCAGGGCUGGCAGGACCAGGGCUUCAUCACGCCGGCCAACGUGGUGUUCGUGUACCUGCUGUGCGAGGACGCGAUCGCGGACAGCGUGGCGAGCCCCGCCGAGCUGCAGGGCACCUUCCAGACCUGCCUCUACCUCGCCUACUCCUACAUGGGCAACGAGAUCUCCUACCCGCUCAAGCCGUUCAUGAUCGACGCGAACAAGGACGUGUUCUGGCAGACGUCGCUGCGGAUCAUCGACAGGAUGAGUGCCAAAAUGCUGCAGCUCAAUGCGGACCCGCACUUUUUCACCGAGGUCUUCCAGGACCUCAAAAACCAGCGAGACACCAGCGGCGAGGCGAACCUGGAUCGCUGACGUGGGAACAAAACGACUCUGGUGUUUUUUUUAAUUUAAUUAAAACAAAACAAAAGAAGAUGAUGAAUGUUUUUUUUGCAAAAACCACGCGAAGGUGGAUUUGGAUCAAAGGACCAAGGGGCUUCUCGCCUGGGGGGGGCUGAACAUCUCAUGAUCAAGGCUACAGUGUAGGAUAUCUCAUUAAUGCAUGCCAGUGGUAUAUUGUCCGCUCUUUUUAUUGUCUUGUCCCUUGCGACACGCACAGGGAUUGACUUCGCAGGUACAACCCCCCCCCGAUUCAUUCACGGUUAGCCCACCCGCUGGUUGUCGGUGAGUGGAUGUCGCAGUGAGAUGGAGGCUCCAGGCAGAAUAGAUCCGUGAAGGGGCGCUGGAGAGGCGGAGCUGUCCGAGGUGCUGACCUGUGCAGCCACUCCCCCCUCCCCCCCACCACCACCACCUCAUCCUCCUGCUCACUUUUCCACAACAGAGCUGAGCGUGGCUUAAGAACAGCUCCCAUUCAUCCCAGUGCAUCUUUAGCACAUAAGCCUAAGCCCUGCAGAGGUGAUGCAGUGUACAUGCGCCGUGCACAGCCCGCAGUGGGAGUUAAAGCUGUUAAACAUGCAACAGAUAACAGAAGCAUGAUUCCUUCGGGAGGAAGAAACACUUUGUACAUCUGUAGAUAUUCUCUCUAUACUUUAAAGCAAAAAAAAAAAGAAAGCUUGUUUCCAUUAGUUAACCUUGAGUGGAUGUUAUAGACGCUCCAUCCUGCAAGAAGAGCACAGUGCUACUUUAACACCGGGCUGAUUUCAUCUCCUCUCGUGUGACACCAAAUUAAUUGAGAACGAAUAUAACUUGUUUUCGCUUACCUAUGUGAUGCUGUAGUAAUGUACAUGCAGUGGGCUGCUGGUGUAAGUUGAGCAGUAAUGUAAAUCCAGUAAAGGGAGUAUCUUCCCCCUGUAGAAUGUGAUAACCUGCACUAAACGGGCCGGUAGAUGCCCACGUACAGCGACAGAAUCAACACGAGGCCUCCGUUGAGUGUUGCCUGUCGAUACCUGUUGGCUGCUGUGAUGCAUUGCUUUGCAGUAAAUUUCAGAGGUCAACUAGAGUGAAUGGAAUAUAUCGGGGAUUUUUAAAAUCCCCUAUACGUGCCAACUGUCAAAUGUCAUGGCCUGAAACUAUAUGGUUUACAUGUACAUAUCCCAGGUGUUCAAUUUGCUGCUUUAUUUUGUAUUUAUUUUCUCUGUUCUGAAGGUGCAACAACAAAAAAUAUAGCGCUUAAUGGUCAACCAGUAUUUUUCUCCCUGUUCUGUAAAUCUGUGCUGUGAGCCUCGGGUUUGCUGGAUUCAUCUCCGUGUUCUGGAAGGAUGGUUCCCUCUCAUGAUCUAAAUACUGACUGUGAACGUCUCAUCCAGAAGCAUUCACACACGGGUGUCAUUGCAGUUUCUAUAAGCUAAAAAAAAAUCAAAAGUCAUUUCAAUCAGACUCUGAAACCAAAAUCAUGGGGCAAACCUGACAGUUAGUAUUCAGUAUUACAAUCAUUCUAAUAGUGCUCAUUGUGACGUUGUGUUGUGAAUUUAUUGUUUUGGAAAAAGUGGAAUAUAAAUGCUGCUAUUUUGCACAGCUGUGAUCAAAACCCCCGAUGUGUUUUUAUUUUGCACAGCGGUAUAACACAAUGUCCGUGUACCGAUGUUUUCUUUUCGGGUGCUGCAGUGUUUGCCAUUUGAAAGUUUUGCCGUUACACUGUCACAGAGUCUUUUCUGUAGGACGCUCAUCUGUGACAAAGAUCUUUUGUACAGGUCAUUUUUUUCCUAUACGUCGUAUGGACAACAAUAUCUAGAUGUGUGUGUGUUGUCUGUGGUGUUGUGCCACAGUUGCACUCACUCCCUCUACAUGUUAAAUAAAAGGCCUAUACAGUGAAUGUUUAUGGUGAAACCUGAUGAAAUAAAUCCAAACUUAUGUAGAA